AUGGUCCACGGAACUAUGAAGGGAGGUAGCGGGGUGACGGAGAGGGAUCGGUUCCUGGUUCCGGGAGGCACCAAAUUACGACUGGUGUUUCGUGUUAUUGCUAUGUGA